CCGAGCAGUCAGUUGGAGAGAGCUUUUGGGACAGGUCGUCUGCAUUGCUGGCUGCAUGUUACACAAUCCGGAAGACACACAGUAUAAAAGUCCUGCCGCGACCCACGCGCCGCGCACUGGCACAGUUGGGAAGCAGACGACACAGCGCUUGCUAAGGAUAACAGAAUUUGAAACUUCAGCUGUCGCAGACACAAGACAUGGAAGGUCUCAUCAAGCCUAAACAGUACGACUGGAAGGAUUCGAACCUCGCACUGUUUGGAUCAGACGUCGAAAAUCAAGUGAAAAAGGAGUCGGCCGAGUGUGAGCCUGCCUGGCGGAAAGCAGGACAGGAGUUUGGUCUACAGAUUUGGCGCAUCGUCAAGUUCAAAGUGACUGAGUGGCCAAAGAGCGAGUAUGGCAAGUUCUAUAAUGGAGAUUCCUACAUCAUCUUAAAUACUUACCAAGAAGAAGGUUCCGAUCAACUUCUGUACGAUGUUCAUUUCUGGAUUGGAAAGUACAGCACUCAGGACGAGUACGGAACGGCGGCGUACAAGACAGUGGAGCUCGACACCUACCUCAACGACGUUCCCAUCCAGCACCGCGAGGUGCAGGACCACGAGUCGGCUCUCUUCCGGUCCUACUUUCCGACCGUCACAAUUUUGGAGGGAGGCGCCGACAGCGGCUUCCGGAAGGUGAAGCCAGAAGAGUACAGACCACGACUUCUACAUUUCCAUGGUGACAAACAUGGAGUCAGAGUCAGGGAGGUACCCCGAUGUCGGUCCCGGAUAGACUCUACUGAUGUAUACAUUCUGGACCUGGGAUUGAGGCUCAUCCAGUGGAACGGCAGAGGCAGUAACAAAGACGAAAGGUUCCAGGCUUUGAGCUACAGCAAGCAGCUGGCCAGCGAGCGGGGAGGAAAGCCGAAAGUGGAGACAGUAGACGAGGGCAGCGAUGCGAGGGAAUUUGACCGGUACCUGGACAAGGAGAACGAGACAGAGGAAGAGUUCCUGGCAGCAGACAAAACCCCGGAGCUGUACAGACUGUCGGACGCCUCAGGCACCAUGUCAUUUAAACUGGAGAAACGGGGAAACGUAUCCAGAUCGGACUUUGACAGCAAUGAUGUUUUCAUUUUUGACACAAAGAGUGAGCUCUUUGUGUGGAUAGGAUGCGAUACGACAGAAGCUGAGAGAAAAAAUGCCAUGGUGUAUGCACACAGAUACUUGAUGGGUACAGACCACCCGAUGCUUCCUGUCUCUUGCGUGUCGGAGAAUGGCCGUCAAGCUCCAGCCUUUGUGUCGGCUCUUUCCUCGUAACAACGCACAGAGCCUCUUUGGAGGACCUAUUGAAAUCCAUUCAGCAAAUGUAUUGGUACAGAUUUAUUCAUAGUGUAACGGUUGACAGACAUUACAAAAAUUACAUUUAACUCAAAUAGAGUACAACUUACGUGAGAUCUUCUUUCUGUAUGUAAUGGACUAUAAUAUAUACAUAUAUAUUUUUAAAGCAUUUAUAUUCUUUACCCUAAAGGAAAUAUUUGAAAACAAUUAUUUCUGUGAACUGAAUGUUUGAAAAUCUUGUUGGUGAUAGAGGCAUAUCAAACAAAGAUGCCAUUGUUGUUUAACAUAGGUAAAAUACAAUCUGCCUUUCAAGUCUUUUUUAAAAAAUUAAUAAUCUCGUUCACAUGCUUUCUGUAGAUAAACAUAUUAUUGCACAAUACCUCAUAAUAUUCUUAGCUAAAAGCAGCAUACAGCAGUUCAGCUAAUCAACGUAAACACAAAAAUUGAAAAAAAGUUUAAACAUAUAGAAAAUGAAUGUGAGACAAGUAGAAUAAAUCACAAAGUCAGCCAAUAGAGGAAUCUGUAAUAAUGUACAAAUAGUGCUCAGAUAUUAGAAUGGAUCAAUGGUCCAGUGCUUCACAUAAGCGUAGGACUUCCGCUGUUGUUCUUCUUGUUUCCAUCUGGUCCAUGUUAAUACUACCUGUUGAAGAAGCAUAUACAAAUAAGCUUGCACAAACCACAUUUUAGGCUAGUCAGAAUGAGAAUCAUGCAAGCUACAAUUAUUUUUUUAUUAUUUUAAAAAUGUUUUUGGUACUUUCAGUUCUUUAGAAUGGAAAAUAAUUUAAGCUAUAAAAUAUGACCACAGUCAACACACCGAACAAAUUGCUGGAAACAGCACAUUUAAUGCAUAAUCAAAUCAUUGUAUUCAUUCAGUCAUCAUAUUCCACCUCCUUCAUCAGUUUAAUAACAUGAGCAACUUGUUUUUACAAUUGUCUACUUGCUUAGAAACGGACAGAGAAAGAUUGCAUCUGCUGUUUGUAAAGUGCUUUACUGGAAAUUUAAUCAUCUUUAUGCAGCUCUUGUCAGCAUGUGAGAUUCUGCUUUAUUUUUUAGCUUUCCUCUACUACCACCUUCACAAACUCUCAUUGAAAACACAUACACACCCUUUCCAGGCAAUGUUUGCCUCAACAAUUAUGUGACCUUUUUAUUUUGAUUUGAAAACCUAGCUAGGUUUUCCUGAGACCCUGAAAAUGUAAAAUAAAGGCUUUAUCUGAGGAA